CUCACACACACACAUAUGCAAGGCUGCAGUGCUCCAGCUGAGAAAGUAACUUCCUUGGGGAAAGACUGGCACAAGUUUUGUCUGAAAUGUGAGCGCUGCAACAAGACCCUGACCCCUGGUGGACAUGCCGAGCAUGAUGGGAAGCCCUACUGCCAUAAACCCUGUUACGCAACACUGUUUGGACCCAAAGGUGUGAACAUUGGAGGGGCAGGCUCUUACAUUUACGAUAAGCCCCAGACUGAAGGACAGUUGGUAUCAGGCCCUAUUGAACAUGUGCCCAAAGUGGAAGAGAAAAAAGUAAAUGCUGCCCCUAAGGGACCCAGCAAAGCCUCCAGCAUUACAACUUUCACAGGGGAACCCAAUGUCUGCCCACGCUGCUCCAAGAAAGUCUAUUUUGCUGAGAAGGUAACUUCACUGGGCAAGGAUUGGCAUCGUCCCUGCUUACGUUGUGAACGCUGUGGGAAGACACUAACCCCUGGAGGCCAUGCUGAGCAUGAUGGCCAGCCUUAUUGCCACAAACCAUGCUAUGGGAUCCUGUUUGGACCAAAGGGAGUGAACACUGGUGCAGUUGGAAGUUACAUCUAUGAUAAAGACUCAGAGGCAAAGGAUCAACCUUGAAAGCUUUUUCUGCCAACUAUCCCAGCUGCUCAGCCCACUUGCACUGCCUUUCCUUGACUAACCGUGUGUGUUUAGAUAUAGUGAUGCCACAUGCUGGCUCAGCCCUAUAAGAGCAGUUGAUGAGGUAGCUGCACUUGUUUUGCUGUUUCCUCCCUGGACAGGUUGGCAUUCUGCUAUUCCUCCUAAAGCACACAGAGCUACUCCUCUUCCACUGCCUCCCCUCUCCAUUUCAUCCUUUUACCCCAGUAUGCUCAGAGACAGUAUGUCAGAUAUCACAUGUGUUAUUCCUGUCACCCAAUGUCCCUGGGACAUUCCAUAUAGCUCUUGCUGCGUUUAUACACAAUCAGCCACUGGCUAUUUAACAGUUGAAUAUCUAGAAAGAUUGGAAACAAGCUGAGUUUUUGGGUGGUGGUGGUACUGAGCCAGAGGAGAGGGCAAGUCUGCACUGUGGUCUUAUUGUGUGGCAAUAUUGCACCAUGGUCCUUAAAGUUAAUAUCCCUCGGAGCAAACAUCAACAAGAGGCAUUUCCUAGCAUGUGGGCAGAGCUAAAUGCUUUUGUUUGAAAAUCUAGUCUGUAUUGGUGUGAACUCUGUCAGAAAUUAUUAGCCCUGCUAAUAUUAUCCUAGAAAAAAAGUUGUUAUCAUGACGUUGGUAAUGAGGUAAGGUUUGCUUGUCUGAUACUUGUCGCUUUGAUGCCUUUGUGUCUAUAAAAUGAAAGCUCUGUAGAUGUGGCUCACUAGUGUCUCUAUAGGAAACCUCGCCCUUUCUUGUAAGAUUUAUUUUAGAAUACAAUUGUAUUCUAAAAGGGGAGUGGUAGAGACUUGUAGGUAAGUGUGUAAAUGUGUAUAUGUGUAUUGGAGAGUAGCUCUGUCUGCUUACAAAUGGACCAGUUCUGGGGUUUGUUUCUCUGCGUGUUUCAGGUGUAUUUAUAACCAGGUAGUAAAAUUGCUUUUUUGCUUUGGGGAAUGCCAUGCCCUUCCUGUGUUUCUAGCUGCCGUGGAACAUUAAACACAGGGGCAGAAGGCACAGUAAAUAACAACCAUGGGUCUGGAGCGGAGGCAGUGUUUAUGAAACAACUUUGCAAAGCUUGCACUAUCCAAAUUACAGACCAGCUUCUACAACCAAGGAUGCCUCUUCAAACCUACUGUUUUCCGUUAAUAAAAAUAUUUCAUAAAC